AUGAAGCAAGUUAAAUUCGUCCCACACCAAUCUCAAUGGACCGAUGAAGAGUUUCAAGCCAUGGUUGAAGGCGUUGAGAACGACAUAGACGGCGAACUUGAAGGAGCUCAAACCACAAUUGCAACCAAAAUUGCAGAAGUCAAGGAACAAAUAGCUCCACUUAAAGCUACCAAAGCUACUCUUGACCUCAUGGAUAGUUACC